UGGACGGUACCUGCGGGAACAGAUGCUCAGGAAAUAUCAGCCAUACUCUCUUCGCCCAGCUCCAUUUCAGCUUCAUUUUGCAGCUUGUAUAACAGGGAGAGUACACCAAAGUACAGCCUCAAUCAAGAUGGGGAUUUUGAUGUUGACGGUCUAUAUGGUCGUACUGCCUUAACUCUCAUGCAUUAUCUUCGAAUUUCUACGGAAAGACACUUAAGGCUGUUCCACAGGCGAUUACCGAGGCGCAAAGCCCCGUCGCACCCGUCACCCCCAUCACCACCGGAACACACUCUGGCUCCUGUAAUCGAAUCGUCGUUGCAGGCGCCUAAGGCUACAAAGUACCGCAGGAGAUCUGCAAACAGAUCAUGGGCGGUGCGAAAUACGGCAUUGUCGGUUGGCUUUUCUUCCAGAACGCUAUGUCACAAACUACGGCCAACCAGCGAUGCAUUCUCAGGCAACACUUUUAGAUCCAGCCCCACGAUUUUUCCUGUUGGCAGGCGAGUUUUCUUUAUAACAUUGAUCUAUGACAUACUACUAACAGGCUUUAUAGUUACGUUUGAAUGUGUAGUUUUUUUUUUUUUUGGUGGAACAAAAUUAUCAACUAGCAAAUUACAAGGCCAAGCACUCCGGAACACAUGUGUCAAAAUUAUUGACAUCGCACGCACCCGCGGCCGGUGUACUUCACACCUACGAGCUAUAUCACCGGAGAUGGUAUAUGCCAGGACGGACACCAUCGGGUCCACAUCGCCACGACACUCACUAAUACAAGUGCACCAACAUCCAUGCAUUCUCGUAGUUUUGAUGUGUCUUCAUAAAUAAUGCUUUCACGGAUUGCACCCUUUCACCAGCCGAGACCACUCCACCGAAGAGCCAGAAAUGGGUUCCGAGGGUGUAUCCAGGAGAAGUUGUCAGACUACGUCCCGUAUCGUUAUACUACUGGUCCGGCUUUAUCAUUUUAACUCCUAUUGAAUCACCCAGCCUGGCCUGAGGCCGCCCGUCAAUCAAUGAUCGAUGAUACCAGGACUUAGUCACUGGAAUCCUCCCCAGAUAUGUGCAUGCACUCCGACCGUAUCUUGCACAUCCAGAUGUAUCCACUACGGAAUGGCGAGGCGGAGACA